ACUGUAAUUUGCAUGGAUUCGGCUCUGUCUUUGUUGUUGUUUUGGUCUCUUUGGUUCCCUCUUUUAUAUAGAGGUCUCCCUUUGCUUUUUCUCUCUUCACUUUAUCAGAGAUAGAGAUGAGAACAAGGAGAAGCGUUUGUUAUCCGAGACCGGAUGUGGGUGUUGAUUACAACGCGAGAAUAGUGAAGAAGAGAGAUGUCGCCGAUGAUUCCAUGGUUUGUAGGAGAAAGAGGCAGAGGCUCUCGCCGGAGGUUGCCGGAAAGAUUGAUCUUUUCGAUUCUCUUCCGGACGAUCUUGUUUUUUCUAUUCUCUGCAAGCUUAGUACUACCGCCGGUUGCCCCUCCGAUUUCAUCAAUGUUUUGUCUACAUGCAAGAGGAUUAAAAGUUUAGCCCUUAAUUCUCUAGUAUUAUCCAGAGCUUCACAGAGAGUGUUUACUGUUAAGGCGGAGAAGUGGUCGGAGUCUGCUCACCGGUUCUUGAAACUCUGUGCUGACGCCGGAAAUGUUGAGGCUUCUUACACUCUUGGCAUGAUUCGAUUCUACUGUUUGCAAAAUCGCGGAAGUGGAGCUUCGUUAAUGGCGAAAGCGGCGAUUAGUUCUCACGCGCCGGCUCUGUACUCUCUCGCUGUUAUACAAUUCAACGGCAGCGGUGGCUCAAAGAAUGAUAAGGACCUAAGGGCCGGUGUUGCUCUAUGCGCUCGAGCCGCUUUCCUCGGCCAUAUCGACGCGCUACGGGAGCUUGGGCACUGCCUUCAAGAUGGCUACGGCGUGCGUCAGAAUAUAGCUGAGGGACGCAGAUUUCUUGUUCAAGCCAAUGGUCGUGAGUUAGCCGCCGUGAUUUCUUCGUCUGCGGUGGCUCCUGCCAUCCCCCCGCGCCCAUGGGUCACUUGGAACCACCAUCCACACCCGAAUCCGAGUCUUAGCGUCAGCCCCAAUAAUGCCGAAUUGAACGGAGUGGGUUGUCCGUUGUUAAGUGAUUUUGGAUAUGAUGUCCCGGCUCCGGAGGCACAUCCAUCGAGCCGAUUCUUAACCGAAUGGUUUGCAACUCGGGGCGGAUCACCGGGUCCGGGUCUUAGACUAUGCUCGCACGCUGGUUGCGGGAGACCCGAGACAAGAAAGCACGAGUUUCGGAGAUGUUCGGUUUGUGGGGCCGUGAACUACUGCUCACGCGCUUGUCAGGCGCUUGACUGGAAGUUGAGGCACAAGGCGGACUGCACGCCCGUUGAACGGUGGCUUGACAACGAUGGCGAUGGCAACGAGGGCGGGGUUGAGGGUAACGGCGAAGAUGAAUUUAUGGGUGAGAGUUAACGGUUAAAGGCGUAAGGCAUACGUCGGAGUCGUAACGGCUCAGGUAGAGGACAAGGAAAUCUUGAGAGAUAAUGAGGUGGCCAAUCUUUCAUUGUGGCCGUUGAAGGCGGCAAAUAGAGAUUUUGCUCCCCGUUGAUUGUAUAGGGAAAAGGGUAAAUCCGUAAAAUCAAGGGGAUUGUUUUUGGUUUUUUCUUUUUGAGUAAUUAGGUUUUUUAUUUUCUUUGUAUUGUUUUUCAGUUUUUUAUUUUUGUAGCAGAAGAGUAGUAAUUGUUAGCUUCAAUCGCGGUAAAUUAUUAAAUUACAACUCAAUUUCCGGACC